AUGAAGUUUCGAAUCUUUGAAAAGUAAAAAUCAAAGUAAUUCUAUGUUGUCUUGUUUUUCAAAUCAUAUUUCUAUUAAAAAUAUUAAUAUUUUAUCAGAAGAUUUAUAGUUUACGUAAAUUUUACACGUUAUUUCAAUAUAAAAAUCAAUCAAAAUGGCUUUGCACGUUCCGAAGGCUCCAGGUUUCUCUCAAAUGUUAAAGGAUGGUGCCAUGCACCUUUCUGGUCUUGAAGAAGCAGUGUACCGCAACAUUGCUGCCUGCAAACAGUUUGCCGACACAGUUAAGACUGCAUAUGGCCCAAACGGUAUGAACAAAAUAAUCAUUAACCACAUUGACAAGACGUUCAUCACCAACGAUGCUGCCACAAUCGUUAAAGAGCUCGAUAUUGAACACCCAGCAGCAAAAAUCAUUGUAUUUGCAUCUGAAAUGCAAGAACAAGAAGUAGGUGAUGGAACCAACUUUGUCAUCAUUAUGGCUGGUGCAUUGCUUGAACAAGCCGAACACUUGUUGAAAAUGGGUUUAACUCCAGUUGAAGUAUGUGAAGGCUUCCAAAUUGCCCUUGAAAAGUCUCUUGAAUUACUACCUACUUUAACGUGCCAUGAGAUCAAAGACAUAAGAAAUAAUGCUGAACAACAAGUUAUUAUGCAGUCUAUAAAAUCAUCUAUUAUGAGCAAGCAAUAUGGCCAAGAACAGUUUAUUACAGAUCUUGUAUUAAAAGCCUGUACUUCAAUUCUGCCAGAUAAAGCCACAUUUAACGUAGACAAUGUUAGAGUUUGCAAAAUUCUGGGUUCAAAUUUAUUCAACUCAACUGUUGUCAAUGGCAUGGUAUUCAAACGUACAAAUGAAGGAGAUAUAACUAAACAGACAAAUGCAAAGAUUGCUGUAUAUACAUGUCCUAUUGACAUAACAACAACUGAGACAAAAGGAACAGUUUUAAUUAAAUCGGCUGACGAAUUACAAAACUUUAGUCGUGGUGAAGAAAUGGUGCUUGAAGAACAGAUAAAAGCUAUUGCUGAUGCUGGUAUCACUGUAAUUGUAGCUGGUGGUAAAUUUGGUGACAUGGCUUUACAUUAUUUGAACAAAUAUAAGAUUAUGGGUGUUCGUUUAAUGAGUAAAUUCGAUUUAAGACGAUUGUGUAGGUCUGUUUCCGCUACAGCAUUACCUAGACUUACACCACCAAACAAAGAAGAAAUUGGUUAUGCUGAUUGUGUGUAUGUUGAUGAACUUGGAGAUACUUCAUUAGUUGUAUUCCGUUUGGAUGGCAAGGACUCUCGCAUGUCUACUAUUGUUGUACGUGGUGCAACUGAUAACUACAUGGAUGAUAUUGAAAGAGCGAUUGAUGAUGGAGUAAAUACAUUUAAAGGAAUCACAAGGAAUGGAAAAUUGUUGGCGGGAGCUGGAGCCAUUGAGAUGGAACUUGCCCACCAAGUAGGUCUAUAUGCAGACACACUGCCCGGAUUAGAACAGUAUGGUGCAAAAAGGUUUGCAAUUGCUCUGGAAGGUUUUGUUAAAAUCCUAGCUGACAACACUGGUGUGAAAUCCAAUGAAACUCUUGCCGAUCUUUAUUCUCAACAUAGUAAAGGAAAUAAAUUUGCUGGUUUUAAUAUUGAACCUAAAGGAUCAACAAUAAUAGAUGUUAGCGAAGCCGGUAUAUUUGAUUCUUACCUAUCAAAGUUCUGGGGAUUACAGUAUGCAACACAAGCAGCUUGCACAAUUCUGAGAGUCGAUCAAAUUAUUAUGGCUAAACGGGCGGGAGGUCCUAAGGCACCAGGUGGACGUGCACCUGACAAUGAUGAUGAUGCGUAAUUAUUUAUUCUGCGUACACUGUGUUUUAUUUUUCACCUAUUAAUUUCAAGUUACUAACUUUAAAAUUC